AUGGCCCGCUUCACGUCCAAAAUCGCCCUCGUAACCUCCUGCGCAUCGGGCAGCGGCGCCGCCAUCGUCCGGCGCCUGGCCUCCGAAGGCGCGACCGUCAUCGCCGCCGACAAGGCCGGCCACGAGGCGCUGGCGGCCGAGCUCGGCGCCAGCGUCAUCCCGCGACACCUCGACGCCGCGUCCGAAGACAGCAUCCGCGACCUGGAGGCCUACGUCCGCUCGACGCACGGCCGGCUGGACAUCCUGAUCAACAACACGGGCAUGGGCGGGCCGCGCUGCCCGCUCCUGGACGUGACGGCUGCCGAUGCCGAGGAGGUCUUCCGCUACAACAUCCACGGCGCCUUCCUGAUCCUCCAGCUCGCGCUGCGCUUCAUGACCGAGCAGCCCACGGGGGGUUCCAUCGUCCUCACGGCGUCCAUAGCAGGGCUGGUCGGCACGCCGCACUCGGCCCCCUACUCCAUCUCCAAGGGCGCCGUGAUCGCCAUGGCCAAGACCGCCGCGGUCGAGUACGCCAAGCACGGGAUUCGCGUCAACGCAGUAGCCCCCGGUCCGACGGCCGUGCCGAUGGUGGAAGCGCUGGGCGAGGCAGCGACAGCUGGGUUGAGGGCAAGGAUCCCGCAGGCGAGGCUGGCGGAACCGAGGGAGGUCGCGGGGGUGGUUGCGUUCCUGGCGGACGGGGAAGAUGCGGGGCACGUUACCGGGCAGGUCUGGUGUGUUGACGGGGGGUGGACGGCGGCGUAA